UCGCAGCAACGAUGUAGCAAACGGACUUAUAUGGGUCAAACGAGACAACAUAGGCUUAAGCCUGGUAUAACCGGAUUGCUAAUGGAAAAUGGGACUAUUAGACUUACAUAACUUGAGAUAACUGACUCAUACCACCAUACAUCAUCUCUAUUAUGUCUUUUUCGCUUCAAUUCUGAUGGAUAAUGAACUAUCCCCUGAACACGAACGAUGAAUGGCACGAACAGCACCCGACAUUCCGUCGGCAGUGAAGGAGUGACAAUAGGUGGAAUACAACGCGCCAGCGGUGGUAGCUCAUUAUCACCUAUGCCUCCUCAACCUAAUAACAAUACCAUCCCUCCAUCAGCCCAAAGACAGAACCAGAACCAUGUCCCACUACCACAUCAUUUCAUCGUGCGUCCGGGCGUGACAAGACAUACAGCCUCCGGCACGGUUACAGCACCGGGUCCCAUCGUACCUCUCGUGCCCGUAGACCAGUUACCCGAAUGGGUAGGUAUAAUCGGAGUGCCGCGUGAGCUAGGCCUCGAGCAGACCGUGGGACUCACUAACCUAGGCACUGUUGUGCGGAACCCUGAUUAUUAUCAGGUGUAUAUGCACAAUAGCCUUCAACAAGCGCCCCCGGCACCACCUGCAAUACCAAGUAGUAUUACGGAAGGAGCUUCUCGUGAGAGCCGUCAACACCAACAGCAGCAGCAACAACAGCGUCCCAUGGAUGAAAACGGCAUUAGGAAUGAUAACGGGGUACUCAUACCUGUUAACGCAUCCUACAUAUCUGCCUCCUCAUCUACGUCAUCCACACUUUCAUCGUCGCUUGAAUCAGCAACCGAAUCGCCACUGAACACGCGCGUAGAUCCAGCCAUGAGGUCUCUCGCUAGCAGCAUUCAUAACCCCAACACUAACACAAUCCCUAGCAAAAAGGCAGAAGGAACUGGUAAUCCGACUACCGUUACCAAACCCGAGAAACCUAAGGCUAUCAGCAAUGGCAGCAACAUACCCCUUCUCUACCCACAACAGCGCCUCCCCUCACCCACUGUGGCAGGCAGCACGCCCCCCAUGAACCCAAACUCAAGCCCCUACCCAAUGAUGCACCCCUACAACCCUCUCCAGCCCUCUCUCUACGUAACCCCCUCAAUACCAACCCUCCACCCAGCAGACCGCAUGCAACAAACAUGGUACAACCCCAGCGCGCCCUCGGGAGCCAAAAACUCACACACCUCCAUACCCCCCUCCACAUCCACCACCCGCAAAAACACCUCUUCAACAUCAACCUCCCAACCCCCAAACCCGAGCAGUGGAGGCGGUAGUAUAUACUGCAAACACUGGUGCCACCGCGGAACCUGCCGCUGGGGACCGCAAUGCCGGUACGCGCACGCGAUGCCCGCGACACCCGAAGGACUCCGCGAAGUCGGAUUAGGCCAUCAUCCCGCGUGGUGGACCGCGGCUAUGAAUAUGGCGUUUGGAGCUGGUGGAUUCGGUGGUGGACAGUGGUACGCGGGUCCGGGGACGGCGGGGGGUGUGCCUACUGUGGGGAUGUUGGCGCAGGUACAUGCUCGUGGUGGGGGUGGCGGGAGUGGUAGGAGGGCGUUGAGGGAGGAGAGGAAGAGGGAGAAGGUGAAGGAGAAAGAAAAGGAUAAGCAAAAGGGGGCGGAGAAUGUAGUGAAGAGUAAGGGGAAGGGUGUGGAUGAGAAGAAUAUUGGUGGUCAGGCUAGUGAGUCGAAGUCUAAGGUAGACAGUGAACAGGGGAAGAGAAGUGUUGUUGAAGGGAAGGCUAGCGCGGUUGUUAGCCAAGGGGAUAGGAAACCGGAGCAGCCACAGGAGACCCAGAAAUUGGUUGAAAUCUAGAGGUUAGCAUAGUAAUAUUCCAACGCGAUAUUUCAUUUACUGUAGUAAUGGCACAUAGAAGUAAGCAGUCCUGCUCAACGCACAUGCACACGCUAGGAUAGACGGGACGACACGCUCAGCCCAGCUAACAUAGAUAAUCCUGUAUUUGAUAUCACGAUUGGUCCUUACUAAGCAAGGAUAAUAAAAAUAAGACUCACAACUCCAACC